ACACGCGAAGCUUCUCUCUCAGAUCUCUGUAGACACUGACGUUUUUUUUCAGGGCACAGCAAAGCAAAUCUUCAACACCGUUAUUCCUCCUCCGCUCUCUCUCAGUCUCCAGUCAGUUUCUAUUGAUGCUCGCCUCGUUCCAGGGUUGAGAGCAAGCUGCUUGGAGAUUUCCAGGAAACUAUAUUGCAACAUCAUUUUGAGGACAACGCUUCACCAAAUAACAAGCAGCAAAUAACCUGAAGGAUAUGUACUCUGAAGAAAAAAUAUAUAUAUAUAUUUCUCACAAGCUAAACAUAUUGUAUUGUACUUGGCUAUAUUGGCUAAAUUGUGAAUAAAGAAGACCCGUGAUUAACUCUGCGCCGCACUAUGCUACCCACAGUGGUGAACGCACCUGUUAGUGUUACUUUGUUUUGGCUUUGAAACAUCAUUGCCUUUCUUGAUUGAAAAACAAAACAAAAAAACUACAUUUCGGAGUAGUUCCACAGAUAAAGGACUCAGCAUUUGACAAUUGUAUCAAGAUAUGGAAAACUGAAAAAAUAUGUUUUACUGAAGCAAGCGUGUCUGAAAAACUUUGCAAAGGAUGGGCACUAAAACAUGAAUGGGACGACCACCACGUUAACCACAGCCGAAUAUGUGCGUUCACAUUCGGGGGGGUCUGCUUUUGAGCUAAAUACUGUAGGGUAGGCUAAACAAAGACUAGCAGUGUUCGCUUAAAUAAUUUAUGGAGCACGAAUUUCUCCUUUUUGGUUUAGAAUACUGUAAUAACUAAACUGCUUUUAUUGGUUUGUCAAGGGUGUCAAUUAAUGGACAUGUUUGUCCUAAUGUUAAGCAGUGUGCGGUGCAAUAAUAAUAAUAAUAAUAAUAAUAAUAAUAAUAAUAAUAAUAAUAAUAAUAAUAAUAAUAAUAAUAAUAAUAAUACUACACUUCAUAACAAUAAUAAGCAAAGCAGCGGUGGUGUAGUGGAUUUCUUUUUUUAAUAGUUGAGGAUUUAUAAACCCAAGUCGAAUUUGUCAUUGAUCAGAUGCACCAUGAAAUCGCUCUUUUACAGUCGGUUCUUCAUCCUUCUGCCUUGGGUUCUGAUAGUAAUUAUAAUGAUAGACAUUGACACCAAGAGAUCCUCCUCAUCCAGGAGUCCAGCACAUCCAUAUUUCUCAAGACUAGGGAAUUCCCAGCGACUGGAUAGAGCACCCCACAAUGGCAAUAAUAAUUACUCGUCUUUGCCAACUAUCUAUGCCAUAACCCCGACAUACAGCCGGGCGGUACAGAAAGCGGAGCUCACCCGCUUGGCUAACACUUUCCGCCAGGUACCACGUUUCCAUUGGAUUGUGGUGGAGGAUUCUAACAUGCGAACGGAGCUCGUAUCACGCUUCUUAGCGCGCUCGGGGGUCCCUUACACACACCUGCAUGUGUUGACCCCCAGGAGGUAUAAGCGAGCUGGGUUACCGAGGGCUACCGAACAAAGGAACACGGGGCUCGGCUGGCUCCGCCAGCACCGUUCCGCUCGGGACUCCGGGGUCGUCUACUUUGCAGAUGAUGACAACACUUACAGCCUGGAGCUCUUUGAGGAGAUGCGCUCAACACGGAAGGUGUCAGUGUGGCCAGUGGGUCUGGUGGGUGGCCGUCGGUAUGAACGCCCCCUAGUGGACAGAGGCAGAGUGGUGGGCUGGUACACGGGCUGGAGAGCAGACAGGCCCUUUGCCAUUGACAUGGCAGGAUUUUCAGUGAAUAUUCAAGUUAUUCUGGCAAAUCCCAAAGCUGUAUUCAAACGCCGGGGAUCCCAGCCAGGAAUGCAGGAAUCCGAUUUCCUAAAGCAGAUAACAAAAGUGGAGGAACUUGAACCCAAAGCACAGAAUUGUACCAAGGUCCUCGUUUGGCACACUCGAACUGAAAAAGUGAACCUAGGGAAUGAGCCGAAACAUCACCAGGACAGCAUUCACAUUGAGGUUUAAUAAAAGGUAGUAUUACAAAAAGGCACACAGGGAAGGCUGGAAUACAAAAUGCUUAUCAUAGUUGAUCUUCCCGGCUUUCUUCACUCUGUCUCCGUGAAACAGGACCAGGUACUCAUGUGAUGGACCUUUAUCCGAUCUCGAAGGAAUAUCAGAUGACUUGGGAACCAAAUAUAAUGUGUUUUUGUCUCCACCUGCAUGUAUUUGUAUUCUUCUUCCAAACUCUAUUUAACACUGUCUUCUGAUAUGGAUCAGUUCAGUCCUGUGAAUGAAGUCUGACAUUUAUACAUUUUAAGAAGGCAUGUAAAAUGGAUAUGGGAUAGGCCUUUUUUUGGAUUUCCUGUCACCUUC